AUGCACGACGAGGGCGGCGAGGGGUCGAGGUGGCCGGCGCGCGCGCGCGAAGUCGUGCGUACGCCGCGUGCACUCGGUGAAUGUGGCCUGUUGGGUAGUGUAGAGUGCCCUGUGUAUAGUCUACAGGUGGACGCGGCGCCGGGAAGUGCGCUCGGCGAGCAUCUCGGCGGUGCACGGCCGCAUCCCGACGCCGUGUUCGUGCCGGACCGUGCAGAGUGGGUGCUGCAUAUGCCGGCGACCGGUGAAAACGCGCCGCAGGACACGUCUGCUGUGCGCACGCUCCUUGCAGAGGAAGAUGUGCGCGCAGAGGAGCACUACGUGACCGACGCCGUGCACGGCCCAGUGCCGUUUCACGACAUGCUCCGGCACUCGGACCUAGGCAGGGACUGGGGCGUGCUCACUUCGGUCCCUGGACAGGUUCCCGCAACGCUCCCACGCGAUGUCUGGGACGCGUUCCGUACGGCGCGCGAGCAGACGCCGGCACCGGGUAUAACGCCCCGUACCGAAGUGGCGCGCGCGGUAGCGCUCUUGGUGCGCAUCUUUGGCGAUGCACUCGCAGGCACCGCUAGGGCCGUUCCGGUGCAAGGAAAGGCAUUUUCGCAGCAGCUGCGCUGGGACGAGAGCUCCCAGGCGAUUUUCACGUUUGUCGGGUGGCACACUGCGCCGCUCGAGGACGGCCGCGAGGCACUGCAGGUGCCUGCUUACCUGCACGUAGACGCACCCGGCGACGACGCGUUGGGUGAGGCGGAGGCGACGAGUGAGACGCCGCCUGAUGAUGCUUCUCGAAGCGACGCGCGCGCAGAGGCACCGGCUCCGAGCGAAGCGCCCUCUGCCGACGUCCUCCGCCUGAUCCGCGUGUAUCUUGAGCUUGCCGCGUGGUGCGUCCACUUCGGCGGCACACCGCCUGUGCCGGAAACCGGCAUCGCGCUGCACGUCGCGCAGCAUAGCGCGUUGACGCCGUUUGGCUCGUGCGCACUGCCGCCUACGCCGCCCCACGACCAAGGGCUUCGCCGCGCGUACGCGCGCCUCGGUGUGCCCUCUGACGCGACGCCAGAGGCGACCGUGCAAGGUUACCGUGUCAACGCGGCUGCAUUUCCGCACCGCCUCCAGGAAUUGUUUUUGGCACUAGAGGCUGUCCACGACGCACGGCCCCAGACCGAGGCGCUCGGUGUGCUCCUUGCGAUGGAAAAGAGCAAGGGACUCUACACGCACGCCGAUGUGCGUGCAAGCUACGAGCACCUCGGCAUCGCUGUCCCGAUCCUGGCUGCGCCAGAGUCGCUUCCCCUCUGGGACGACGCGCCGAUGCCGGCAUCGGACGACGCGGCCAUCAUUGCCGCGUACGACCGCCGUGUCCGCGAUGUAUUGGACCAUGGCACGGAUGAUGGCCUGCGCGAUGCGACGCUCGCUCUCACGAUCCUCUCGCGCUACCACAACACGCCUGCACUGGCGGCGCGUCUUGCCAAGAGCCCUGUGGCGGACGUGGCGCAGGCCUACCGCCUGAUCCAGGUCAGCGACGACAUCGACGACGGGCUGGUGGUCGUUGCGUACGAGGUAUACGUCGCCGAGACGACCACGCGCCAGGAGCUGCUGCGUGCGGCGCUGUACUGCAUCGCCGAGAGCCGCGGCAGCAGCUACUUGCGCCGCUACCUCGCUGGCGAUGCGGAAGAGGAGGCUGGGCCACCGUUCAGCGCGCCGCGCGGCCUCCAAAACAUUGGGAAUACGUGCUACCUCAACUCGGUGCUGCAGUACUUUUUCCGCAUCUCGCUCCUGCGCACCACCGUCCUGGAAAUGGGGCGCACGGCGCAGUCGAUGGACGCGUCGCAGCCGCUGCCGACGAUUGGAGGGCGCCAACUCUUUUCCGAGAUGCAGUCUUCGCCGAGCGCGGCCGUGACGCCGGCCAAAGAGCUUGCGUACCUUGCGCUGGUGCCACUGGCGUGGGAGCAGGCGUACCGUGCGAGCGGCGAGGAUGCGCCGGACACGCUCCUGAACCACGUUGGCACGCAGCAGGACGUGAGCGAGUGCCUCGACAAUAUGAUCUUUCAGAUCCAGGCAGCCAUGACGUGCUAUCCCGAUGCAACGUGGGCCGCACAGCAGGGGUCCGAUGUCCAUCGCCUGUUUGUCGGCCGCACCGCACAGCAGCUGCAGCAGGCAACUGCGAGCAUGCACGUCAAAGAGGAAGAGUUUCAGAGCAUUCCUGUGACGCUCCUCCCCGAAGCCGAUUCGAUGUACGACGCGCUCGAUACGUUCUUUGACGACGAGGAGCUCGUCGGCGAGGACGGAAAACCCGUGCGCCGCUCGGUCAGUCUGGUGCAUGCGCCGCCGCUGCUUCAAAUGCAGGUGCAGCGCGUGCAGUACGACCGUGCGCGCCACCGCGCCGUGAAGAACCAGGCGGGGAUCGAGCUAGAGGAGCAUCUCUACCUCGAUCGGUACAUGGACCUGGCAGCGUACCCUCCCGACGAGGCCAAGCGACUUGCCACUGUGCAAUCGGCAGCACGCAGUGACCGCCAGGAAAUCGCCCGACUGCGCACGCGCCUCACACACGUCCUCGGCGACGACCAGUUGCUGCCGGGCCACAUGGAGACGCUCGAAAAGGCGCUCACCUCCAUUCCGGUCGAAUCGUACGCUUCGCUGCCGGCGCUCCUCGGCGAAGACAAGCUCGAGGCGCUGCGCACAACCGCAGAAACGCUGCGUGGCGAGGCGGAGCAGAUUCGCACCGUGCUGCAUGCCAAGCGGCGCGAGCUGCAGGAGCGCUGGGCGGACGAGCGCAGCGUCUCGUAUCGCCUCGCGGCCGUCUUUAUGCAUCGAGGCGAGGCAUCCCAUGGCCACUAUUUCUUGGACCAGCGCGACUUUGCAAGCGACGGGUGGAUCUCGUACAACGACGCCCGUGUGAAUACCAUCCCUUUCGGCGAAGUCCAGCGCGAUCCCACCGGCGCAACAUCGUACCUGGUUGUCUACGUCCGCAGCGACGUCCAGGAGCAAGGGCUCCUUGAAAAUGCACGUAGUGCUUCCUAG